GGAAAAAGUGAAUGUCAGCGAAAAUGGUAUCGAAAGCUGUUGCUUUGUUGUCGAUUGCUGUCGGCAUCUAUUUUGUCGUUUUCGGGGUGGCUAAAAUGACGCCAAAACUUAGCAAAGACUUACAUUCAUCACUGAAAAGCCAUUUUAUCAAGUAUGCUAAAGUUAGCCCUCUGAAACCAUACCUAAAGGAGAAAAACUUGAAACUGAAGGGAAAAGACUAUCGUACAUUUGCUGGUGGAAUAGAACUUGCAGGCGGCCUGGGUAUGCUGUGCCUGCCUGGCAGACGCUCGUUAAUGGUUGCAAAUGUCAUGCUCCUUGUGAUUUCAGCUUUUGUUAUUCAUACCCACAUGGCCAUCGGUGACCCUUUAAGACGUUGUACCGGUGUCUUUGUUAUCGGUGUGCUUUUAAUUGGACGGAUGCUGAUCUCUUUCCAGAAUCAGUACAUGACGUCGAAGAGUAAAAAGUCUCAAAAAGAAGAGGUGAAAGAGAAAAUGAGCUAAAAACAAUCAAACACAAUUUUUAUUGAGGAGCAUGAUCUAUCUAUUUAUGAAUUAAUUGAUAGAAUCGUGAAACUACCAGACUAUAACUAAUUUGAAAUACCACCUUUACACUAUAGUAGGUGUAUCUAUGCAGGGUUGCUAUAGCCAAAUUUCUCAUAAAUAAUCAACUACAUGCAUAAAUGAAAUGUGAUAGCACCAAGCUAUUUAGUUGAAAUUAUUAUUAUGAAAUAUGUAUACUUAUUUAUUUAUAUAUUUAUUUCACAUCCAAAAGCAAGUACUGUAACCACUUUACAUAAUGGGAUGAUGCAUUCUAAGUCCUAGGGAUGAGGAUAAGUGGAGCUGAUUUUAGCAAGUAGAAACCCCUAUUUAACAGGUCUUUUUGAACCCAGAACCCUUUGACUGGAAGACAAGCAAACAGCAUUAACCACCAAGCUAUUCAGCUCCACUACAUUUCUUUAAAUUGCCUUAUAAUUAUUCCUUUUAGUUCGCCUACUUUGUACUAAUAUGGAUAGUUACUAGCACUAUUAUUCAAGAAUUAGGUUGUGAAAAAAAUAGUCUGAAAUAGUAUUCCAUUAUUUAUUAACCAAAAGUGUUUUCCUGCUGAAGUUGUUGCUAAAAAUUGCAGUUUGCUUAAACAACUUUUUAUACUAACUAGGCCAAUACUGUGUUGUGAUAUUAAUUUAAUAGGUGAAGUGAAGUGGCAUACUUUUUUCUAUGAGAUGGACCCAAGCAUUUUGGUCAGCUAGUUAACUCUGCUCCAGUGCAGAAUAAUUUGUAGGUGUGGGUGGCAUAUACAGCUAGUGUGGGUACUAUGUGGCCAUUGAUAAUAAAAUGUGUUCAUAUUGGUGCCUAAAUUUUAUAGAAUUUUAUAACAAUUUGAACAUUUUCUUUGGACUUCAGGCAAUUUUAAAAGUUAUAUAACCAUUAUGUUAUAUUUAAUACAUGUGUGCUACAAACAGUGUCUUUCAUAAUUAAAUGCAAAUGAUCAUGAAUAUUCAUUUAGAAAAUUGAAUAUUAAUAAAGAUGCAUAUUUUUUACGAAAUCUAGACUACCUAGAUUCAUAGAAUUAGUAUAAAUGGAAUGUUGUUUAAAUGCAUUUAUCACAAACAAAUUGUUUUAUAGGAUAGUGAUUGUGACAUAACCAACGUGGUCAUUUUAAAGAAAAGUAGAGUAAUGUGGUGUGUAAGAGUUUGUAAACCUUGUACAAAGUAACAUACGUAGUGCAAUAGAUAAUAUGUACUGUCAGGCGCAGAUCCAGGAGGGCAUGUGCCCUGGUUAUAACACUAAAUUUUUAAAAUUUCAGUGCAUAUCAAUGUUAUGUAUUGAAAUGUGAAAAAAAAAAAAAAUACCUGACGUUUUAAAAAUUCUGGAUUCGCCUAUGACAGUAUAGACAAAACUAUUGAUUCCGGGCUGUGUCAAUUUAAUAUCAGUACGAUAAAUUUUCCUUUAUAGCAAUUACAGUAUGUUAAUUAUGUCAUAGUCCAUUGGAAUACAUUAAAGUUUAAAAACCAA